GUAAUUAAUGAAAACUAAAAAGGAAGAAGAAAAGAGAAGAGAGAGGAGAAAGAGUUUGAUGGUGGUGGCUGGUGGAGGAAGAAAGACAGAAACAGAAAAAGAAGAACACUAACCUCUGUCUCUGUCUCUGUCUCUCUCUGUUUAAAGGAAAAAAAACAUGAACGGUCUAACGAGGAGGAACAGUGGGACCCACAGAAAACCUCCUUCUAUGUCCAAAAAAUUUGAAAAUGGAAUCCACAGCGAACCUUCCAGCAAACCUUCUUCUCCUCCUUCCCUUGAGUCUGAUGGAGGUGAAAGGACGGUUAAGAAGCUACGGUUAUCCAAAGCCCUAACUAUAUCCGAGGGGACAUCAGUUUCAGAUGCAUGUCGCAGAAUGGCCGCGCGGCGUGUCGAUGCUGUUUUGUUGACUGAUGCCAAUGCUUUGUUAUCUGGAAUUAUGACUGACAAGGAUAUUGCUACUAGAGUUAUUGCCGAGGGUUUGCGACCGGAUCAGACAAUGGUGGCAAAAGUAAUGACUCGGAAUCCUUUAUUUGUGACAUCGGAUACGUUGGCUAUUGAUGCUCUUCAAAAGAUGGUACAAGGUAAAUUCAGGCACCUGCCUGUUGUGGAAAAUGGUGAAGUCAUUGCCAUACUGGAUAUUACCAAAUGUCUUUAUGAUGCCAUAUCAAGGAUGGAGAAGGCUGCUGAGCAGGGGAGUGCAAUUGCAGCUGCAGUUGAAGGCGCAGAACGCCAGCGGGGUAGCAAUGCAUCUGCUCCAAAUGCUUUGUUAGACACAUUGAGAGAGAGAAUAUUCAGGCCUUCCUUGUCAACCCUAAUCAGCGAAAAUACGAAGGUUGCUAUUGCAUCAGCAGCAGAUCCCGUAUAUGUAGCUGCAAAAAAGAUGCGGGAGUUGCGUGUUAAUUCAGCUGUUAUCGUGUCUUUGUCAGGAACCAAGAUUCAGGGCAUACUCACUUCAAAGGACAUACUUAUGCGUGUUGUGGCUCAAAAUCUCUCCCCCGAGUUGACUCUAGUGGAAAAGGUAAUGACUCCAAACCCAGAUUGUGCAACACUAGAUACAACAAUACUUGAUGCACUUCAUAUGAUGCACGAUGGGAAAUUCUUACAUCUUCCUGUGGUAGACAGACAUGGAUAUGUUGCUGCUUGCGUUGAUGUUUUGCAGAUAACUCAUGCGGCAAUUUCCCUGGUUGAGAGUAGCUCUGGAGCUGUUAAUGAUGUGGCAAAUACAAUUAUGCAAAAAUUUUGGGACUCAGCUUUUGCUCUAGAGCCACCCGAAGAUUCUGAUUCUCAUAGCGAAGUUUCAGCGCUCAUGACCUCUGAUGGAGCAGAUACAACAAAGUCUGCAUAUCACUCUAUGGGUUUUGGAAAUUCAUUUCCUUUCAAAUUUGAGGAUCUCAAUGGUCGUGUGCACCGAUUCAACUGUGGUACUGAACAUCUAGAUGAGCUAGUAUCUGCAGUCAUGCAGAGAGUAGAUAUCAAUGACAGAGAACGACCUGCGAUUGUGUACGAGGACGAUGAAGGUGAUAGAAUUGUUCUUGGAACCGAUAAUGAUCUUGUUUCUGCUGUCAGCUAUGCUAGAUCUGCAGGAGUGAAGGCAUUAAAGUUGUAUUUGGAUUUCGGCAAUUCAGCCAAACCAACAACACUGCAAUCUAGUACAUCCACUAUACAGAAAUCUAGUGUUUUGUCUCGCCGCUCCAGUAUUCUUGCAGGUGCUAUUGUGGUAACAAGCAUUGGUGUAUUAGUCUACCUAAAACGUUCCAAAUGAUGUGUUUUGCGGUUUAAGCGGGGAAGAAGCAAUAGUCACUCUGCAUGAAUCCCAGAGCUCUUUCGUCUUUUAAACAACUCAUUGCGGCAAAGGAAAUACUGGAGAUACUGAAAUAGGAGAGCUUCUCUAAUACUUAUUUUUAUGUUUGGGAUUAGUAUUUAUCCCAAUGAGAUGAGCCAAAGUUAUCAGUUAAGAUGGUAACAUAUUUUUUCGGUCUCUGAUGUAAUUGUCGACGGUAGUCCUUUCUCCUUAAUCCUUCUAAACGAUAGUAUGUAUAGAUAUUGUCUUGUUAUUACACAAUAACGAGAAAUGUUGGGGUUCUGCAUUUUUUGUUGAUGUCAAGCUUACUUGUAAAUUGAUUGCAAUGAUGUCUUGCAAAUGCUGAUUUUUCAUGGUAAUUUACUCGAAGUGUCUUGUUGCCACGGGACAAUUUCAUUAGUCCUUUAAUGUUA